UGUCGGCGUGUGUGAAUCGAAAGAGAGAAAAAAGACAUUGUGGACUUUAAGGACAGUUGCGAAAAGUUCUAUAAAAAUAUUCAAUAUAUACAUAUAUGUAUCUAUAUACUGUGAGAAAUCGGUGAGAGUGCGUAGCGUAGAAUUUAAAGAGCAGAAAUUUAGUUAAAACCCGCAAAAUGAUUGUGGAAAAAGUGCUGGAACGUGCCACCAAAUCGGAGCUGUGCAGCGCUUUGGCCCUGUUGGUGCUCUCGUUGAGUAUCUAUGCCUUCUACACACAGCUGCUUUCGUAUCUGAAGUCGGUGCUGCUGUCGCUGCGUCUGUCGGGACCGCCAUCGCUGCCCUUUCUGGGCAACUGUCUGCUGAUCAACGAGAAGGAUCUUAUGCGAAAUCGCGCUGCGCGGGCCUUUGAUCUGUAUGGCUCGCUGGUGCGGAUUUGGGUGCUGCUGUUUCCGUUCUUUGUGGUGCUGCAGCCGGAAGAUCUACAGGUGAUACUCUCCUCCAAGAAGCACACGAACAAGGUCUUCUUCUAUCGGCUCAUGCACAACUUUCUGGGCAACGGGCUGAUCACGAGCAGCGGGGUCAAAUGGAGCACGCAUCGCAAGCUAAUACAGCCGGCAUUCCAUCUGAGCCUGUUGGAGAAAUUCAUAGACACCUUCGUGGAUGCAUCGCAAUCCUUAAACGAGCAUCUGGACGCCUCGGCGCUAGACAUCGAGAUCAACAUUGCCAAAUAUGUCAAUAACUGUGUCAUCGAUGUGCUAAAUGAGGCUGUGCUGGGCGUGCCCAUCAAGAAGAAGGGCCUCGGCCUGAUGGAGGAUUCGCCGUUUCGCAAGGGCAAACUGAUGAUGCCCGCCCGAUUCGCACAGCCCUGGCUGCUGCUGGACGCCAUCUAUCAGCUGACCUCGCUGGCCAGCGAUGAACUGAAUCAGAAGAAGCGUCUGAAUGAUUUUACGCGCCAGAUGAUCAAGCGCCGUCGCGAGAUUAUGGCCGAUGCGGCCAACAACAAUGUGGAGCGCAAGUGUCUGCUGGACUACAUGAUCGAAAUCUCCGAGAGCAAUCCGGACUUCAGUGAGGAGGACAUUGUCAACGAGGCGUGCACCUUUAUGCUGGCCGGCCAGGACUCUGUCGGCGCCGCUGUGGCCUUUACCAUUUUCCUGCUCGCCCAGAACGCGGACUCGCAGGAACAGUGCUACGAGGAACUGGAGCGCAUCUUCGACUACAGCAAUCGUGCGCCCACCAUGAGCGAUUUGCGUGAGAUGCGCUACUUGGAGAUGUGCAUCAAGGAGGCGUUGCGUCUGUAUCCGAGCGUGCCGCUCAUUGCCCGCAAGCUGGGCGAGGAGGUGCGUCUGGGCGCGUACACAUUGCCGGCGGGCAGCAACAUCUUCAUCUGCCCGUAUGCCACACAUCGGCUGGCGCACAUCUAUCCCGAGCCGGAGAAGUUCAAGCCGGAGCGCUUCAGCACCGACAACGUGGAGCAGCGGCAUCCAUAUGCCUUCAUACCGUUCAGCGCUGGGCCGCGCUACUGCAUCGGCAAUCGCUUUGCCAUACUGGAGAUCAAGACAAUUGUGUCCCGCCUGCUGCGCAGCUAUCAGCUAAUGCCUGUGCCCGGCAAGACCACAUUUGAGGCCACAUUUCGCAUAACUCUGCGCGCCUCGGGCGGCCUCUGGGUGCGGCUUAAGCCGCGCCAGCAACACCCAGAUGCAGUCUAGUGGAAGCAAACUUAGUGUAGGAAACGAGGCCAAGGCAGCUGCGGCCCGAGGCAUCAGUGAAAAUUGCCAAGUUUUGAUAACAUUCCCAAAAUGUGACGAUUCAUUUUGCCCAGUGAGAAGUGACAAUGAAAGCGUGAAACAUAGCCAAGUGCGCUUCGCUUCUCCCUUUAAACUUAGCCUUACUCCUUAACAUUAUCUAAAAUGCCAGACAUGCUGUUGAGAGUCGAAGCAAGAAGCGUAGCGACAAGUAAAAUCAAGGACAAGUGAUUCCAAGCAACAGCUUGUCAUGCUUCUCUCUUAAUUAUCGCUUUGUCAGAGAAGCGAAGUGAGAAGCAAUGCUUAGACUUGUCUAAUUUAUGGAAAAGGAAUGCUGCACUUCUCUCGAUGCUUCUCGCUUUCAUUGUCACAAGGGAAAAUAUUAAGUGAAUCUAAGAAUAAGCUAGUCUACUUGGGUUUGCUUCUUACGCAACUCGCAACUCGUCCUCACAAACCAAUAUACUCUUUUUGCUCUCUGCGAACAGAGUAUAAGGACUUUUAUCGCUUAAAUAAUGAGUCGGGGGUUUCUUGAUGGAUUCUUGCCUAUAGCUUGACAGCGUUGGCUUCGUUAUAUUAACUUUAAUUAGUAUGGUAAAUAGAUAUUAUGUAUAUAAAUCGAUACAAUAAUUUAAAUAUUUAGCCUUUGUCUAGCCUAAGUGCAGUGCGAUGUGCCUGUGCCAGUGCCAGUGCCUAUAAUGUUGGGUGCAUUUUGGAUUCGGAUUUGGAUUACAAUUAGUUCGCAUUCGCAGCCAUAUAUAUGGUAUAUAUGUAUAUGCCUAUACAUAUAUGUAAAUAUGUAUGUUACAUAUAUAUUCGAGUGUUUCGUACAGAUUUUCCUUGGGUUUGUUUUCUUUUUUGUCUGUUUUUUACAUACACAACACAAAACAAAAUAAAAAAAAUAAUUAAUGAUAUUUGCAAUAAUAAAGUGAAUUAAGUAAAUCAGCUUUAAGCGACAUAAAAGCUAGGACGUGAUAUGU